AAAACAAAGAGUUGAAAAAAAAUUCAUUUGAAUUAGAUAAUGUUAUAAUAGAAAAUCUUGAAAUUGAUUCAGAAGAUACUACUGUUUAUUUGUUUGGUAUAAAAAUUGAAGGAAACUAUAAAAUUGGAGCCUUGAGAAUUAAACCUUGCAACGUAAACUUACAUUUUGAUAAAGAAACCAAACAAAAUACUCAGUAA